AUGGUUACCCAGAAGACUGUGAUAGAACAUGACCCUGAUGAUGUCAGAGAGUUCUACGAAAUGGUUUGCUUGACCUAUUCCCUGAGUCCUGUGAGGGGUAACAGAAUCAAGCCUGUGUCUUCUGCUGAACGUGACGGGUUUUAUGUUGCAAAGUGCCGGCGAGAUUUCGCGGACGCAAUCGCGUAUUUUUGCGCAUACAGCUGCGACCCGGAUAAUGUCACUGCUGUGGCUCUAGGGAGAAAAGAUACAAAAGCCGUCAUUUGGAUUGCAAGUAACGCAAAUGUUUCUCCAGAGGUGUUGAACUUUCUGGAUAAUGAUGUGCUCAACAUGGUACAGAGGCUCGCAAAAACGAAGCAAGGACAGUUACCUUCAGAUGAACAUAGGACUGUUACCGGGCUCUUGGGUAACAUAUUGGAUUUUACCAGGAAGAAAAUCUUCAAGUACUACAAAGCCACCAUUACAGUAUGGAGAAAAAUCGGCGAGCUUUCUAAAGCUGAAGGUUUAGACAAGACAACCACUGAUCCAGGUAUGUUUUGCGGCUGGUUUAAGAGUAAAUUCUACAAGAGCGGUGACAUGUUAGAGGAAUGUGACAUGCCUCGCCUUGCUAUCAGUUGCUAUAUUGCACAUGCGGACGGGACAUUUGGAAUCCUCGAACAUCGUUCGAGCCAAGGCAAUGAAAAAGGACCUGAUUACGAGCGGCUAUAUAAGUUGCUCAGCAAAUUAGGCAAGCACAUUAGGCUUUUCAAAAGAAUGAUACACGCCAUUGAAGCUCUACGUCGUGACUUCUGCGAAGGCUUUGUAGUGGAGCCGAUUACUGCGUCCAUUCCAAAAGCCAUCCCUCUUCCAAAGCUAAACGAGCAGGGUUUGGAAAAGAUUGUGGCUUGUGUUUUUCAAGAAGAAGACGAAAGACAUCAAUUUUACCAUCAUUUCAACCAAUUCUAUAAUAAGGAGUACACAUCUCAGUCUUUGCAGCGGUGCAAGAGAGGUCGUGCCCGAGUCCACGCCGAGAUCUUAUUGAUCGAUUUCUUCGACAAGUUUGACGCGAACUUCCUUGAUGACGACGACAAGUAUAUUGCCUGCAGCAAACCGGCAUGCUACCUUUGCUAUCAAUAUAUACGCCAACACCCGGAUAACUAUACACUGCCUCCAACCCACCAAAAGCUAUACUAUGCUUGGUCUCUGCCUAUCAUACGAGCAAACGAUCGGAAUUGCAUUGAUAAAUUCGCUCGACACACGCGGUUCCUAAACCAAGUUACAGAGACUCUUCGGUCCGAUCUUCGAGAUGAGGUGCAGAGGAAGCUAGCCCCAAGGAAAAACCAUGCAGACUCGACAGCAGGAGCAAGUUCAAUUUUCGAUACUGGUAGAGUAAGACCAACAUCGAAGAUCUAUGAGCACCAUAUCCGUGCUUUGACUCGAUUACUAAGUGAAGGUUAGACCUGCUGUUCGGUUUCUUUUGGAGCAUGGAAAGAAUUAACCCGGAUAAUCUUUUUAGCAAAGAUAAGUGCCAAGUUCGAUGCUGGCCUUGAAGAUGAAGACGGG